CUCUCGGCCAAUUCAGUAUCCGUUUGGAAGAGGAGGAAGAAAAGAAGAAUAACUUUCUGUUUUCUCUCAGAUUUUCCGUCACUUUCCUGGGAAGUUUCCUUUCCUUUCAAUCAAGUAUCCUCUCUUCUCGUUCUCUUACGGACGUUGAAGAUAGUGUCGAGGGGCUUUCUUGGCUCUUUUCCCGCUCAGUUUCAACCUCCCCAUAUCCAUUACAGAGAUUUCCUGUCGAAUUAAGCUGGUCAACUUUAGUAUUUGAUAUCCAUCCAUUAAGAUCCUGACAAAUUCCGAAGAUUUUUUAGGGUUUAUUCCUCCAGAAUUUUGGAGUCGGAGAUGGCUAGCCAAGGCGGGUCAUCGAGGAGAAGUCUCUCUAUGCCGUUGCACAGGAAGAAACCUUCUGACAUUGCCGCCGGCGGCCCCGACAGCUCCCGGAGAUCUCUUACUGUUCCUCGUCCGUCUUUGAGUUUGACAGGAGAGCGAACUGUUAAACGGUUGAGGCUGUCAAAAGCCCUUACGGUUCCAGAUACCACAAUCAUCUUGGAUGCUUGUAAACGGAUGGCUUCUCGGCGAGUUGAUGCCUUGUUGCUCACUGACUCUCACGGAUUGCUUUGUGGGAUUCUUACCGACAAGGACAUAGCUUUAAGAGUGAUCGCGCAGGAAGUUAAUCCCGAGGAAACACCCGUUUCCAAGGUUAUGACCAAGAACCCGGUUUUCGUGCUUUCCGAAACACUUGCUGUCGAAGCCCUCCAAAAGAUGGUGCUAGGAAAAUUCAGACAUCUACCUGUUGUUGAAAAUGGAGACGUCAUUGCUUUAUUAGACAUAUCGAAAUGUUUGUAUGACGCGAUUGCCCGUAUGGAGAGGGCAGCAGAGAAGGGUAAGGCCAUAGCUGCUGCUGUCGAAGGCGUCGAGAAGAGCUGGGGAACAACCUCGUCCGUUCCCAACACCUUUAUCGAAACACUGCGAGACCGGAUGUUUAGACCGUCUUUGUCAACCAUUAUCCCGGAGGAUACAAAGGUUUUGAAAGUCUCGGCAGCUGAUACAGUGGUAGCAGUGACCCAGAAAAUGCUUGAGUUUCGAGUGAGCUGUGCAGUUGUGAUGAUAGAGGACAAGCUCCGAGGGAUUGUAACUUCAAAGGAUAUAUUGAUGCGGCUUGUGGCUGAAAAUCUCCCUCCAGCUGAGACAACAGUAGAAAAGAUUAUGACUCCGAACCCAGAAUGUGCUACAGUCGACACGCCGAUCGUCGAUGCUUUGCACAUCAUGCAUGAUGGAAGGUUCUUACACCUUCCCAUACUUGAUAAAGAAGGGAAUGUAGUUGCUGUCGUUGAUGUGAUUCAUAUCACUCAUGCUGCUAUCGCCACGGCCGGAAGCACUGCGGCAGUAAGCAACGAGGCGACAAACACAAUGAUGCAAAGGUUUUGGGAUUCAGCAAUGGCGUUGCCUCCAAACGAGGAUGACGACGAAACUAGGAGCGAGGGGUCCUUGAAAGUUGUAUCCGAAGCUGAUACAGGAAAACCUUUCCAUUUCCCAAAUACGUUCUCAUUCAAGAUCGAAGACAAGAAGGGUAGAAUGCACAGAUUCAUAACCGAUACUCAGAGUUUGACAGAUGUGAUAACCGCGAUUCUUCAAAGGAUAGGGGACGAUAUCGACCCUGAUAACCUGCCAUACAUUUUGUAUGAAGAUGAAGACCAUGACAAAGUCUUGUUAGCAUCGGAUAGCGAUCUUCAGGCAGCCACAGAGCACGCAAGAGCAAUCGGCUGGAAGAGCUUGAGAUUGCAUUUGGAUUAUUCUAAAGAAGGCAGAGGAGGAGGAAGAGGAAGAAGAGCCUCGGGAUCUGAGUCGUCGGUGGACUACUCGCAGUCGGAUGCAUGGGCCGCGGCUUACAGCGCAGUAGCCGCCGGUGCAGCCUUAGUUGCUGGUCUCGGGGUUAUGUCUCUUCUGAAAAGAUAUGGAAACUGAUCCAGACAAAGAAAACAUACGCAUUUUCCCGGGAAACAAACACAAUAAGUAUCGCACGUUGUUGAAUAUUUUCUUCCCAAAUGUUAUCAAAUGUUUUGCAUUCAAUAGUUUUUUUCACA